AUGGACAGCCGAUUGGAGAGCGCUGAUAGUUACCCGAUAGAGGUGGUGCUCGUGCGGGGCCACUACGUGUCGUACCUGCCGCUGUGCAGCCGCAACGAGCCGGUGUUCCUCGCGGUGUGCACGCCGCUCGCAAUGCCCGAAACGCGCGAGUGCGUCGUGCACGGCGCCACCAACGUGUUCACGACCGUCCACGCGAUGGAUAUGAAGAUACUGCACAUAGACACCAAUAGCGAGUGGCACCUUGGAUGGGACAGGAGUUCUCUGCACGGCGUGAGUUGGUAUCACCUCCUACAUCCUGACUGCUGUAAGGAAGCCCAGAAUAAACAUCGAUUAAUAACUCAAUCGGAGCAGGAGCGAUCCUGCAUAGCGUUGUUGCGUCUGCAGCGCAGGUGCGGCCAAUUCCUCUGGGUGCAUACCGUCCUGCAGUUGAAGGACAACCUUGAGAACUCCCAGCGGCCAGUCAUCGUAUGCACCAACCAAGUCCUGAGCGAACAGGAAGCAGCCGUAAUGAAGGCAAACCCGUGGCUCUAUCAUUACUACGCAGUUCAAUCCAAACUUCACUACGGACUGGCUUACGAAGCAGCCACCAGGAUGUAUGGGCCGCCACCGCCAGAUAUACAAGUGUACCCACCUGCCAUGCAGUACCCACAGACGCCUCCGGUCUGCAUCAACGGGAAUCAGGCGGCUAUGAUGACCAACACCGGGCUCCAGCCUCACAUACCGCACAUUCCUCCACAUUUAACGCCAAUACACUAUACAUACGAAAGAACAGACAAUGGCCCAGUCGACUACUCUGUGUCAUUGCAAGAAAACAGGUAUCACAAUAUACGAAUGGAAGAUACCAGGAUCCAGCCUAACGCCAAAAGGAAAGUUAAACAAUCAGACGACAAAUCUAAUAUUCCUAUUACUAAUAUUUCUCCGCGGUUCUCAACAUCCAGCGGUAUUUCUGGUGGAGAAACGUUAAUAGCUAUAUCAGCAGGGUCUAUAGCAAGUCGUAGGCCAGGGUCGAAAAAUUUUAAUAUAACCGAAAACGACAUGCUCGAUCAGUGGAACCCUAGUCCAACGUGGUCAGAAUCAGCAUUGCAGAAAGUUCCAGACGUCUGUCAUCAAGAUCUUAGCCCGUACGUCACAACUACUCCACCAACCCCAUCUGGCACUCCGUCUGCAUACACACAAAACUAUAGUCACACUUUCGUCUUCGACUGGUCACCUGAACAGUAUGUUCCUCAUACUAACAAUAGAUGUAGCACAAUAACUACAGAAAGUUCCUAUCAUCAGACGUGGAAUAGAGGUCAUCGUACGACCUUUACUAACGCAGAAACUUCUAUCGAUGAGAACUGCAAUCCUAAUAGAAUAAGCCUACCAAUGAGGGUCAGUAGUCCAUCGUCUGAAUACAACAGUAGCAGAGAAGGGGAUAUUCUAAGAAGACAAAUUGAUCGGUCACAUCCAGAUUCACCAGGUGCCAAAAAGCCUGCAUUA